GUGUCAGUUUGCUUGCUUGCGUCGUCGCACAGCAUGUCAUUGCACAAGUAAUUAUAAAAAAAUAUAAUUAAAAUAAUAUUUAUUACAUACCAUACGUUGAAACUAUUUUUAUAAUAUUUAAAAAAAAAAAAAAACAACAGUGUGUGUAGAAAAAAUUAAAAACAACCAUAUGUCAAACUGUGACGUAAUUAUUUUAUUUAUUUAUUUAUUUAAGUUUUAAUUUUAAUAGUGUUUAUGUGCUAAUUGACAUUCCUAGCAAUUUAUAAUUAAAUAAUUUUUUUGUAUAUUUUAUAAAUAAUUGUUGUUAUGACAAAACAACCCGGUUAAUUUUUUUUAUCAUCACGUGACACUCAAUGAGAUAAAAAUAAAAAUGGUUAGCAAAAAUACAAGUGAGCCCAAUUUGGGUUUAAAAUCAGCAAUAACAUCACCAACACUGUCAUCAACUCCAACAUCAAAUGAAUACAAAAAAAUAAUAACAGCAUCACCAGUAUCAUCACCAACUGGAAGCUGUAAUAAUUCAACAUCAGGAAUAAGUCCAGGUGGUGAUUCAAAAAUACCAAGACCGUCGCCAACAGCUUUGCGUCGUUCAUCGAGCAUGCGCUUACGUGGUGAACGUGGAUAUAAUUGUAAUUUCAGGACCACUAGCUCUUCUUCUCCUGCAUCAAAUCCUAUAAAACAGUAUCAUCAAAGACACAAUUUACAAAGUUUACAACAUCAGAACGAUUUAUUUCCCGCAAUCACGGAGAAUGGAGUGGAUUCACCAAGACAUCGUACACUUAGUUUAUCACUGACACCUGCAAGACCGCGUUCAAGAAAUGCGGUUGGUGAAACAUCAUCAUCAUCAUUAAUUGGUGAUGACAGUGAUGUUGAAAGUGUUAAAAGUUAUGGAAGUGCAUGUAGUACAGCAAGUGCAUGUGACCAUGCACAUUUUGCAUUAAAUGGUACAACAUGGUCUGGUAGAUCACGUAAAUAUGUUGUUCAUUGUUCAAAUAAUACAAAUGAUCCAGAAUAUUUAACACCAACUCAACGUUCAUCACGUCAAAUACGUAGACUACAAAUACAAUUAAAUGAUGCUAAAAAAUUAAUUGAUGAUAAAGAUGCUGAGUUAGUAAAAUUAACCCAAGAAGUUGUUGAAUUACGUUUAUAUAAAGCAUCAUUAAAUAGUCCAGAUGAUAAAACUGAUAGUAGUGAUGCAUUAACCGUCCGUGAAAAUAAUCAAUUAUCACCAGAAACACCAUCAUAUGAUUUACCAAAUGAAAAUAAUAUUAUUAAUGAUAACAAUAAUAUUAUAACACAAACUAUUAAUAAUGAAUUGGCAAUAUCACUUGCUGAUUCUGGUCAUUUUGAUGAUGACACUAAUAAUAAUAAUAAAGAUUUAGAUUUAAAAAAUAAUAUACAUCAUGUUGAUCAUGAUUUAUCAAUAUUUAAAAAUGUAUUUAUACAAACAGAUAUGACUAAUAUUGAUUUAGAUAAGCUAAUUGAUGAUGUUAAAAAAGAAAUUGUUGAAAAUUAUGAAAGUAGAAUUGACGAAAUGCAACGUGCACAUAUUGAUGAAUUACAAGAUUUAAAACAAAAACAUAAUGACAAGGUUGAAAGUUUAUUAAAUCAAUUGUCAGAAAUAAAUACACAAUUAUUGAGUAUUCGUCCGUCCAUGGAUUCAGCAGAUGCAAAAAUAAUUGAGCUAGAAAAACAACUUGAAAAAACAAAAGCUGAAUUAAUUGAACAAAAAACAAUGAUGGAUGAACAAGAGGAGAGAAAUAAACAAAUGUACCUGAAAAUGUAUUCAAAGGGCCAAGAAGCAGCAAGACUUGAAGCAGCUGAUCAGAUAUUUGAACAUGCUAGUACAAAUCCACCAAAAGUAACAGUUGCUCAAUUGAUGCAACAAUUAAGUGUAACACAAAUUGAACUUGAAAAUAUCAAGGGUACAAGCAGUACAAGCUACUUGCCACAACUUCAAAUUACAGCUCAUCGUAGCCAGGGUUUAUUAAGUGCUCAGGAGGCUGUUUCUCUUUGGGUCCGUGCUACACGUAAGGCAAUGUAUAGAAGAAUUGUCGAGUCGAGAAAUCAAGGAACUUUGGAUCCAGAAAUAACACUUCAAUUUUUAAAAUCAGCUAUUUAUUAUUUUUUAACAGACAAAGAAAAUCAUCAUGGUCAUUUAAAUGCUAUUGAAAGUAUUCUUGGUUUUACUGAUAAUGAAAAAUUAAAUAUCGAAAAAGUUUAUGGGAAUAGAAAAUAAUUAUAGAAAAAAAAAGAAAGCUUUUAUUUAUCAAUGGUACUGACUUUAAAUUUUUUAUCUAUUAUUUUAGAUAAAAUUUUAUCAAUCGACUAGACAAAAUCAUUUAUCAAUGCAAAUAUAAUUUUAACUAUUUAAAAUUAAUUUAUUUAUCGAAAUUGUAAAUUGUAAAAAAAAGUAAAUCUAUUGGAAUUAUCAUUUUUCCAUUUUAAUAAUUCAACUAUUUAUUUAUUAAAUCAGUACCACAUAUAUUUAUUUUAAAUAAUCAUUAAAAUAUAAAUAAAAACUUGAUAAUUAUUGAUUAAAAAAAUUUUAUUAAUAGCUUUAUUAAUAUUUAAAUAAAUUAGCUAGAAAUUUAAAUAUUUUUCAAUGCAUUCGCUAGUUUUUUUUUAUGUGUAUCACGUGUUCUGAUGAUUUUAAUUUUUGUCAAUGAAAAAAAAUACGCAAAUAAAGCUCAAAAAAAAAAAAAAUGAUUAAUUGGCUGUGUUCGCGUUAAAAUUUGAACACCCAAAGUUAUAAAAAAAUAAAAUAUAUUUAUCAAAAUCCUUAGCGUUUGCUUCUAAAUAACAAAUCGUCCUUGAAUAUAUUUAAAAAUAAUUAAGAAGAAUUUUAAAAAUUAUACUAAUCAUCGAGACUGAAGGAAAGAAAAAAAAGAAAAUUGCCUUUGCAUGUAAAUGAGUGUCAAGCACCCAUUAUUAUAAAUAAUUUAAAAAAUGUAAUAAAAAAAAAAUAGGCUAAUACAUCCAUAGUUAAUUGACGGUCGAAAUAAUGUAAAAAAAAAAUAUAUUAAAUUAAUAAAAUAAAGCUAAACAAAUG